AAUACAACCUUUGCCCGAACUACAUUUUAAAUGUUGUUUACAUUAAAAUAAAAGUGUGUUGUUUUUUUUUUCGGGUUGAGUACUGCUGUGACAUUUGACGUAAUUUUAGGUUGCGUUAACUGUAGCAUGAAUGACAGCCGAAGUGGGAAUGGCAGGCCCUUCUGAAUUGAACACGGAUUCCAGUGGCAGGGUGAAGGGAGUAACUAUCGUAAAACCAGUUAUAUACGGCAAUAUUGCGCGCUAUUUUGGCAAAAAGCGAGAAGAAGAUGGCCAUACACAUCAGUGGACAGUUUACGUCAAACCGUAUAAUAACGAGGAUAUGUCAACUUACGUAAAAAAAGUACAUUUUAAACUCCACGAUAGCUACGCGGAGCCGAAUAGAGUUGUUCUCAAACCACCCUAUGAAGUUACAGAAACUGGUUGGGGAGAGUUUGAAAUAGUAAUCAAGAUCUAUUUCCACGACCCUAAUGAAAGACCGACUGUUACUUUGUAUCACAUCCUGAAGCUCUUCCAGUCAGGGCCUGAUGCGAUGUUGGGAAAAAAGAUGUUAGUUUCUGAAUUCUAUGAGGAAAUAGUCUUCCAAGAUCCAACUGUUCUUAUGCAGAGCCUUCUCACAAAUACAAGACAGCUUACUAUAGGACCUUGGAAGCAUGAGACUGAUUUUGAAGAAAAAAAAGAGAAAACCUUGCAGAAUAUCUUAAAUGCAAAGCUGAAAAUACGCCAAGAAAUAAACGAUUUAAAGGAUCGUUUGAAAUUAGCAAAGGAAACAAUUGCAAAAUUUAAGAAUGAAAUUGCGAAGCUACAAACAGGCCCACCGGUUAUCCCAAUUUGAUGUGUGUUGUCUACGUUAGUAUGGUAGUUGUCGAAAUGUUGAGACCAAGGACAUUUCUAUUUAAUUGUAUCUCUAAUGAAGAUUGUGAAUUGUAAAAGACUAUUUUAUAUGAUUCAGACUAUCCAGUUUUUUGCACACUUUUGUCAAUAAAAGCUGAUUUUCUUUUGUAUUACCA